CUGUGUUAGGCUAGUCCUCAAGUCCGACGUCGACCGUCCCUCUCAUCCUAAAGAUGAUGCUGCUACGUGCUGCAUUGAUCCUGUCAGCUGCUAUCUGCAUCGCCGCUGUUCACUCUGACAAUCGCCGAGACCUCGCAGACGCCGAUGACAGCGGCAAAUGGCCACCUUUCAACGCCACCGGUGGAAAGGCUUGGCAUGAUGCCUUCCUCAAGGCCAGCGAACUCGUCGGGCAGAUGACUCUCGAAGAGAAAGCAAAUUUGACAAGUGGAAUCGACGGACCCUGUGUCGGUAUGCUGGGGAGCGUCGCUCGUCUGAACAUCCCAGAGCUAUGCUUGGAAGACGGCCCUGCUGGAGUUCGACCAGUUCAUGGUGUCUCCCAGUUCCCCGCUUGUCUGACCACGGCGGCAACCUGGGAUAGAGAUUUAAUAUUUGCAAGAUCCAAGGCCAUGGGCCAAGAGUUUCAUGAUCAAGGUGUUCACAUUCCACUUUCGCCAGUGACUGGUGGACCUUUGGGUCGAGCUCCACGUGGCGGACGUAACUGGGAGGGGUGGUUUGCAGACCCCUAUGCCACAGGAGAAGCAAGCUACCAGAGUGUUCAGGGUUUGCAGGCUUCUCGUGUCCAAGCGACGUCGAAACAUUACAUCGGCUAUGAGCAAGAGACCUUCAGGAACCCAGGCGGUACCGCUUUAACAUCCAUAUCCUCAAACAUCGAUGACAAGACAACGCACGAAGUUUACUUGUGGAGUUUUGCCGAAGCUGUUCGUGCAGGGACCAGCCACGUCAUGUGCUCGUACAAUGAUAUCAACGGCACACAUGCCUGUAACGACGCUUACACUCAGAAUCACCUUCUCAAAACUGAGCUUGACUUUCAAGGCAGUGUCAUGAGCGACUGGGGCGGACAGCAUAAUGCUAUUCCCUCUGCACUCGGAGGGUUGGAUAUGUCCAUGCCUGGUGGCACUGGUUCCGGUGCAUUCUGGGCCAAUAUCACCGAAUUCGUCAGAAAUGGUUCCAUUCCGGAGUCCCGAGUGAACGAUAUGGUCAUACGCACUCUCACACCCUAUUUCUGGCUGGAGCAAGAUACACACCCUCUCCCGGAUGUCGUUUUUAACGCGAACAGCGAUUUCGAUGCUCCUGAUUUGUAUCGUGAUGUGCGCAAGAAAGCAACGAAGACCCUCAUCCGCGAUAUUGGUUCCCAAUCCAUCACUCUGCUCAAGAAUACCGGUGGACUGCCUCUCAACAAACCGAGUCGUAUUGCUGUUGUCGGAACUGACGCGGGGGACAGCGCUAUAGGCCCAAACCUCUGCGGUCAAGGAGAUACUAGUUGUAGUACCGAUGUCAAUGACCCGCAGAAUGGGACGUUGACUCUAGGCGGUGGUUCUGGUUGGGCGUAUGCCCCCUACAUCGUUACACCGUUGGAUGCCUUGAAAGCUCGUGCAAUUGCUGACGAUAGUGAGAUUGGAUGGAUCCUCAGUGACGACGAUGUCACCUCCAUACAAACGCUCGCCCCAAUAUCCGACGUGACACUUGUCUUUGUAGAGUCCUGGACACAGGAAGGCGCUGAUCGCGAGACGAUUUUGUUAAAUCACAAUGGAAACGAUCUCAUCGCAGCUGCCGUCAAGUCUUCCAGCAACGUAGUGGUCGUGAUGCAUAUCUCUGGCGUUGUCGAUGUCGAGCAGUGGGCGAAUAAUCCAAAUGUGACGGCCAUUGUUGCGGCAUGGAUGCCAGGUCAGGAGUCUGGGAAUGCGCUCGUCCCUGUACUGUAUGGGGACGUGAACCCGAGUGGCAAGUUGCCCUUUACCUGGGGGAAGUCUGAGGACGAUUAUCCUCCCAACACCAUUGUGACCGAUCCCAUCCCGGCGCCCCAAUCCAAUUUCACAGAGGGUGUAUUCAUAGAUUAUCGAUGGUUUGACAGCAAGAAUGUAACUCCUCGCUAUGAGUUCGGCUACGGUCUUUCAUACACCACUUUUGAGUACUCUGGCCUCAAAUUCGACGGCACCUUCAAAUCUGACAAUACUUCUAUCAUGAAUACCGCGGAACCCUUCGAUGGCUCAAACGGAACGGGCAGCUCUCUGUACGACGUGAUUGCGACUUAUUCCGCCACCGUUACGAACACGGGAAACGCCACCGGCAGUGAGGUUGCUCAGUUGUAUGUGUCCAUACCGGAGGCCGGCGAGCCUGUUCGCGUACUGCGAGGUUUCGAUAAAGUGAAGGACUUGAAGCCGGGUGAAAAGGGUACGGCGACGUUUGAGUUGAGACGGAAGGACCUGAGCGUUUGGUCCGUAGCGAGACAAUCGUGGUUCAUCCCAACGGGGACAUUCACUAUCGCGGUGGGUUUAAGCUCACGAAACUUACCAUUGACCACUUACCUGGAAGUCUACAUGAUCUGAAGGAAGAUUUUAUUCGUGAGUCAGCACGACGCAUGAGAAAGGUAAUGAGGAAUAUGUGGUGAGGUUACGCGAGAGGUAGC